AUGCCCAGGAUGGACAAUUGUAAAGAUUUUCUAAGUUGGGUCGACCCUGAUACGUCUCUCAAUAUUUUCAAGUGUCUGGAUGAUCCAGCAGAUCUAGCCCGCGUCAGUUGUGUUUCACGAUCUUGGAGAGGCUUUGUGGUUGCAAACGGCCUUUCUAAGCAGUUGUGCUUGAGAAUAUCCUGCUUAUCUCCUGUUGCUAUGGAUUGCAUAGAUAAGGCAAUCAGUGCUUCUAGCACUGAUAAUUUUCCUCAGGAGAGCAUUGUUAAUACUCUAGAGGAAAGAGACAACAUUGCUGGUAGAUUUUCCUAUUGGUCGAGUAGCGGACAAAGCAAUCCCAAUGUGCCUGAGACAUUAACAUACCAGUUGGCUUCUCAAAUAUGUGUUAUUACAGAAAUCAAUAUUCAGCCUUUCCAAGCUCACUUUCAGAUGGGGUCGCCAAUAUAUUCAGCAAAAUCUGUUAGGUUCAAAAUGGGUCAUCUUAAAGCCUCUUUAGAUGAUUUAACUGAUGCGUUUGUAUGGACCUAUACAUCUCCGGAGUUUCCAAUGGCUCAGGAAAACCGGCUACAGAAGUUCAAGCUUCCAGAACCUGUUCUCUGUAUUGGUGGUAUCUUGCAGAUUGAGCUUUUGGAAAGGGUGCAGAGCCAAGAAAUGGACGGCUUACUAUACAUUUGUAUUUCUCAUGUUCAAGCUCUGGGGAUUCAGUUGUCCCCAGCAUUUUCUGUUGAUAUUCUCGGGCCCUCUGGAAUGUUUGUGUUGAAGAGAGACCGCAUGGCUAACUGUCAACCUCCAGAGCCUUCUGAAAAUGAGUCUGGAGCAGCAUUAACUUUAGCUGAUAGAGAUUUCCAACAGAUUGUGACUAUACUGCGGGGACAUGUAAUGGGAGUAGGAGCUAUGGAUGGUUGGGAAGAGGAAGAGUAUGAAGUUGAUGAGGAUAAUGCCUUCUGA